AUGGGAAAAGAAGUCCAGCUGAAGCCCAAGGUGAACGUCUCUUCCUACAUCCACUUUUUGUUGAAUUACAGAAACAAAUUCAAGGAACAGCAGCCAAAUACCUACCUUGGUUUUAAAGAGUUCUCUAAAAAGUGUUCAGAAAAAUGGAGAUCCAUCUCAAAGCAUGAAAAGGCCAAAUAUGAAGCCCUGGCCAAGCUCGACAAAGCCCGCUAUCAGGAAGAAAUGUUGCACUUCGUUGGCAAGAAGAAAAAACGUAGAAAACGGGACCCCCUGGCCCCCAGAAGGCCUCCAUCAUCCUUCCUGCUCUUCUGCCAAGAUCACUAUUCCCAGCUGAUGAAGGAGAACCCCACCUGGUCAGUGGUGCAGGUAGCAAAGGCCAGUGGGAAGAUGUGGUCUACAGCGACAGAGAUGGGAAAGCAGCCAUAUGAACAGAAAGCAGCUCUCUUGAGAGUGAAGUACUUUGAGGAGCUUGAAGUCUAUCGGAAGCAAAACCUUGAAGUCUGUCGGAAGAAAAUCCUGGCUAAGAACCAGCAGAAAGGCAAACCUGAGUUGGGAAAAACGGAUACAUCCAGUCCAAAAAAAUAA